AUGGCGAGCUAUGGUGGGAAGAUCAACUUCACUUCCAUUAAUGGUGUGAAGCUCUACUCCAUCUCUGGCCAACGCUCUCUGACCUCAUGGCUCACUCCCAAGAAGUUCAAAUCCCUUCGCAAAGACAAAGGUUAUCUACAAAGGGUGGAUUUGAUCCAAGAUUUGAGGUUUGAGACUGCCACAACAAAAAUUAAGGUGACUCCUAAUGGAGAUUAUGUUGUUUCAUCAGGUAUAUACCCUCCACAAGUUAAAGUGUAUGAAUUGAGGGAACUGUCACUAAAGUUUGAAAGACACCUAGUUUCAGAAAUUAUUGAUUUUCAGGUGCUGUCUGAUGAUUAUUCCAAGAUUGCUUUUCUAUGCGCUGAUCGCUCAGUAUGCCUACAUGCAAAAUAUGGAAGUCACUGCAGCUUAUGGAUUCCAAGGAUGGGAAGGGAUAUCGCAUAUGACUGUUGGUCCUGUGACUUGUUUUGUGCGGCGUCCUCUCCUGAUUUGUAUAGAAUCAAUUUGGAACAGGGAUGUUUUUUAUCAUCACUCAGCACACAAUCAACCGCUAUAAAUGUGGUUUCAAGAAGUGCAUUGCAUGGUCUUGUUGCUUGUGGUGGUGAAGAUGGAUCUGUGGAAUGCUUUGAUAUGAGAAAGAAAACUGCUAUUGGACAGAUUAGUGCUGCUGCUCAUUCUGGUGAUCUUGAUCAGGAGGUUACUUCACUGCAGUUUGAGGAUAUUCACGGUUACCAGAUGGCUGUUGGGAGUAGCACUGGAAAGAUAUUAAUAUAUGACCUGCGUAUGUCUGAUCCUGUUAGGAUCAAGGAUCACAUGUGUGGAAGUCCUGUAUUGGAUAUUAAGUGGCAUCAAACACUUAAUUCUGCAGAACCAAAAAUCAUCACCACAGAUUGCCAUGUUAUCAGGAUUUGGGGUCCUGAAACGGGAGAUAAUAUGACCAGCAUUGAGCCAAGUACAGGGGCAAUCAAUGAUGUAUGUUUGUUCCGAGAAAGCGGUUUACUGUUGGCUGCUUUGGACUGCAGCCAGAUACCAGCUUAUUUCAUACCUGCUUUAGGACCUGCCCCUAAGUGGUGUUCCUACCUUGAAAACUUAACGGAAGAAAUGGAAGAAGGAUCGCAGACGACCAUAUAUGAUGACUACAAGUUCUUAACUAAAGAGGAUAUUGAACGGUUGAAUUUGACAUAUUUCAUAGGAAGCAACCUCUUGAUAGCCUAUAGAGUUAAUUUUUUGUCACUCUGUCAUUUUCAGGCGCUUGAUGCUGAUGUGGAUCCCGGAAUACACUGUCAGCACUCCUCAUCACCAUACUUAUUCCAUGCUGGAGCAUCCAUGUCACGGUUUUUUUCCUCAUCAGCCAAGCAAUGACAUAUCAUGCCAUUCCACAUCAUUUCAGCCGUUGAGUUUUCCACAUUAGCUAGCAAUGGCCACGCGUCACAAAAGCCCUAUCAUGUCAUCUCGAGAAAGACCGAUGGAGACAAGACAAUGGCCUUCUUCUCCUUGUUUGAAAGGGAGACAUAGAAGAGGGUUUUGAUUUUAAUCAUCCUAGAGAUAGUGUUGGCUGAACUCCUCUGUGAGUUUCUGAAGAUAGGGUUGCGGUCGU